CUCUCAUCAUCAUCACAAGAAGAUAUUCUUGAAAGGCUAUUGACCCAAUGAACAAUCUUAAAGUCUAAGAUUGACGAAAGGUCGAUUGCAGGGAAUUGUGUAGCACAAAGAAAGAGGUGGAGUGUGUGUGUGCUCACAAGGAAAACAAUCAAACAAGGGGUUACAAUAACAAUCAGAAAAAAGGCGCACACCUGUUUGCGCCUUUCUCAAAAAUAGAAAAGCCAAGUGAACCGCAAUCAUGGAAGUAGAUCUCAAUAGUCCAUCUUCUUCAUCCAAUAGCAGGAAUGGAUCACCUUUUCAGCAUACAAUGAUCGCCAGUACUUCUUCAAACAAUAUGCUAAGCACGGCAGGUCCAUCAAGCUCGGCAAGGAAGCGACAAAGAAGCAUACAUGCUCCUCCACUGUAUCAUCAUGAUAGCGGAAGAUCUCAGGAUGAUGUGAGUCUAUCAGCAUCAUCAAGCUUCAUGAGAGAUCUAUCAGAGGAUGAGGACUUGUUCGGCAGUCGAUCAAAACGGAGACAUCUUGGUACAUCUGCCGAAGGAAGCCGGGAUUCCGAUUCACACUUCUUUCGAGCUCUUGGUUCAAGAAUCGCAGAAAUUGAUGCAGAAACAGGCGAAGCAAUUCUCAGUGGGAUGUAUGAUACAUCAGAACACGGCGUAGAUUCUCCCAUGAAUCUUUUGAGUUUGAUCAGCAGGAGUCCAUCGGUCGAUGAUACUAUACAAAAGCAAGAAGAGAGCGAGAUGGAAGGUACAACGGAUGACAUCGAUAUGACGAGUGGUCAAGGAAGUCCUUCUUCGAUGGUAAUAGAAUUGCCAAGGGAUUCUACGCAAUCUACGGCGUCACCUUUGUUUGUGCCUAGACAAUUGCGUAAUGCCAGUAUGCCAAUGCGACCUUCUCCUUUGGCGCAAUCAGAGGGGCUUGGCUCAACGGAUUCCGGGAGCUCUUCUCCACGUAGUUCCAAGAUGAUGGAAAGGUCAAAUUCCGGGACAUCUCAAGAAACGUAUGCGCUACGUAGAAGCUGGACACACUCUUCAAUUCGGUCUGUGUCUGCACUUACUAAUGAAGUUGAUUCGAAUAGGAGAUUCUCUCAUGAUGAUCAAGGCAAUACUCCUUUACGAAGAACUUCUCGAAGCGAUCGUGUGGUUCGUACACCAUCUCCGCGACCGCAAUUUGUGCCUGUUGAACCUGGCAGUGAUGGGAAUGGUGCAAUGCGGGCCUUACACCCUUCGCCAGGAAUGUCCUCAGCAGGUUUUCCGGGCGGUAAACAAAUGCUUCGAUAUACGAUGGGUUAUCGUGAUGAUUGUGAACAAUGUAAAAACAAAGUACCAGGGCAUUAUGGGCAUUUAGUCCAUCGGACGUAAUUCAACAUAACUUUGUAACCCAAAGAGGAACAAAGUACAUUAGUAACUGUAUAUGUAUUAAUCUUUUCGUUUUCUCUCCCUUUCGUCUUCUAUUUCUUUAAUCAUCUUGUGGAUUAUGCAAAUAUAUGAU